GCGGUUCUUCAUACACCUGGAUCUACACUACAAUGGAGAACGCGUACGGAACUCUGAGUGGCCCCAACAUCACCAUUAGAGAGCUCCAAAAGGAUAAAAUUUCUUUUAUCCUUAGUGACACAGAUCUGAGUGUUGCUAACUCACUGAGACGAGUGAUGAUCGCAGAGGUCCCUACUAUUGCUAUUGACAUGGUCGAGAUUGAGACGAACACCACAGUCUUAGCCGACGAAUUCAUCGCACAUCGUCUUGGAAUGAUUCCAAUUGAAAGCACGGAUGUUGAGAGGAUAAAAUAUACAAGAGAUUGCACAUGCUCGCAGUAUUGUUCAGAGUGCUCGGUCGAGCUUACUCUUCACGUCAAAUGUACAGAUGACCGAACCAGAGAUGUCACCAGCAGAGAACUUAUUUCCUCGAACCCACAAUUUCAACCAGUAUUAACAGAUAAGAACGACAGUGGUAUCUUAAUAGUAAAGCUUCGAAAAGGCCAUGAACUCAGCAUCAAAUGUAUAGCAAAGAAAGGUGUGGCAAAGGAGCAUGCGAAAUGGAGUCCUGUCAGUGGCGUAGCAUUCGAAUACGAUCCAUACAACAAACUAAGACAUACCCAUUACUGGAUCGAAGAAGAUGAGAAGAAAGAAUGGCCACUCAGUAAAAAUGCUGCUCUGGAAGCACCUCCAGAUCCGAAUGCACCAUUUGACUACAACGCCAAACCGGACCGGUUCUAUUUCUCUUCUGAGACCGUAGGAUCUCUCCAGCCUGAAGAAGUUGUUUCAAUGGCCAUGAAGACCCUUCUUGAUAAGCUUGCAUAUGUUCAAAUGCAGCUGAAGGAGGAAGUGGACAUGAAGAAGCAAGAUCAUACUAGCUGGGGAUAUUAGUACCAAUAAUAAGAAGUUUCAAUCAGGAAAAAGUUCAAAUGUAGAAUAAAAUAUUUGCCAAUCCAUCUUCUCAGAGUGCCGUCGACUUGACUUUAAAUAGAACUUCUAGACGCGUAUUCGUUCUUCGGUUUAAUCCUUCCCGAGAAUGCACAGCCUGGCAAAAAAUCAUCCGCUG